AUGGAUGUCGCCUUUCCAGGCAUGGAGAGACAUGAUGAGAAAAACCCACCGGGAGACGACGGCACCAAACCGACCGGCGGAAAGAAGGCGCGUCCCGCGAUCAAGAUUAAGUGGUACUGGAAGGGCUUAAUUCUUCUGGUCGAGCUCUGCAUCGGCGACUACCUGCUCGACAGGUAUGUAUUUGGCGGCGUGAUGCUGCGUACGACAAUUGCCUACGCGGUGCUCGCCCGUGUCGGCCUCGACUAUAAGCUUCACUACGGCAAGGACUGUUGGCUGGCUCGACAUCCCGAAGAGGAUCUUCAUCAUCGCAAUGCGCAGCGCGUAUGCACCAUGCUGAAGUGGAACGGCGGCCUGUAUCUCAAGGCUGGCCAAGCCGUCGCCAUGCAGGGCAGCGUGCUUCCCGAGGAGUACCAGCGCAUGUUUGGUGAAAUGUUCGACGACGCGCCGCACAGCUCAUGGUCCGACGUCGAGAAAGUUAUAAAGCAGGACUUUGGCGGUCGCAGCAUCGAGGACGUCUUUGGUGUCGCUCCAUCCGAUCAGCAGGGAGACUCUCAAUUUGUCUUCGAACGUGAGCCGCGAGCCUCAGCUUCCAUCGCUCAGGUGCACUACGCACGGCUACCAGACGGCCGCGGCUUGGCAGUCAAGGUCCAGCGGCGCGAGAUCUCCAAGCAGGUGUCCUGGGACCUCUGGUCCAUGAAGCUCAUGACCGAGUACACGGCAUGGGUGACUGGUCUACCUAUGGGUGGCAUGGGCCAGUUUGUCGCAGACCGGGUCAUGCAAGAGACGGAUUUUGAGCACGAGGCGAGCAACUCCGAGAAGAUGGCAGAUCUGAUCGCGACAGAUUCUUCACUGCGCGACCGUGUCUACAUACCCAAGGUUUAUCGCGAGUUCACCUCGAAGCGAGUCCUCACGACGGAAUGGGUGGAUGCAGUGCAGCUUUGGGAUCGAGAUGCCAUCACCGGUCAAGUCGCCCCAAGUCGCUCCGCAACAUCCGACAAACCCGGUCUCGGCCUCCGUCUGGAUGAUGUGAUGAGGACUGUUGUGGAAUUGUUCUCCGCGCAGAUGUUCUCAUGGGGAUUUGUCCACUGCGAUCCGCAUCCCGGCAACAUCCUCGUGCGCCAGAACCCCAAGCGCCCCGACAGCGCGCAGGUUGUGCUCCUCGAUCACGGUCUCUACAUCACCAUGUCGGAUAAGCUGCGCAGACAAUAUGCACGAUUCUGGAAAGCACUCGUGACGAACGACGAUGCUUCACUGCAGAGGGUGUCCCGCGAAUGGGGGAUGAAAAGCGCUGAUGCGUGGGCCGAUGCGUCGCUUAUGCGGCCAUACAAAAACCCGUCCAGCUCCGACGAUGAGAGUGGCGAGUCGUGGCAGAGGACGAAAGAGACUCCGGAGGAGCGCAAGCAGCGCAUGAUCGAUGAAGCGGCGGCCUAUCUGGGCGACGAGGGUCUGUUCCCGCGUGAGCUGCUGUUCCUGGAGCGCAAUAUCACUAUCGUGCAGGGAAACAACAGGUUCUUGGGUUCCCCCGUCAACCGCAUCAAGCUCAUUGGAUCAUGCGCGCUCAAGGCCAUCAGAGAUGACGGUCAGGGCAAAGAAAGUAUCCGAGAAAGGAUUUCGACCCGCGUAGCACUUUUGUCUCUUGAUCUUGCGUUCUGGUGGAGCGCCAUGAAACAGUACUUUGGGUAUGGAGAGGGCCUAGAGCAGGAGCUGAAGGAGGCAGAGGACCGCCAGCUCCGUGAAACCAAGGACGCCGUGGCAGAGUUAUUUGGGAUCACGGUAAAUUAG